AGCACAUCCCAUAAACCACCCCAAAAGUGCGUUGCAUUCUUUGUCUUAAUAUUGCCUUAAAGUGGGUAUGAUGAUUUUGAGCAGAUGUUUGCAAUAUGACCAGGAACAAUCAGACAAAAAUCAGUAUUUUAAUAUUUUUUCAAAGCUAUGAGAUUUUAGACAAGAAGACUUACGUCUUAUUUCUUUAAAAAGAGGCUAUCUUGUCGGCUAUAAAUCGGUCAGAAAACAAGUCUGCGAGAAAACCUUUUCUGUUUCUAAAGAUAAAUAACAAAUAUUAGAAAAUAAAGUGUUAUAUAAAAAUAAUUUCUAUAUUUUAUCUUAUAGCUUCCUUAGGAACUACGGAUCUAAAAGAGUAUCAAAUCCUUCGACUUCGACCUCUUCUUGUUGGAUUUUGUGGGUCAUUCGUCAGAUAAGCGCUUCAGCGGUAUCUCAGCGGGUUUUCUUGGACUCAGUGGGUGGCUAUCUUUAGCUAAGAGCCCAUCCAUAGCAUAUAUAAGGCUUUAACACCAAACGAAUCCAAAGCAAAGUUUAGUUUCAGCGUGAAGCAAACAUGUUGAGUCUUCGAGUGUUUCUCUUGCUUCAGUGCAGCAUGGUGGUGUUUGGAGGCGUUUGCCUUAUACCCCAGCCGAUUAUGCGACAGCGUUCCCUGAAGGAUACGCUUUUGAAGACUCAACCCCGCCUGGAUGGCCGCAUUGUGGGUGGACAUCGCAUCAACAUCACAGAUGCGCCACAUCAGGUGUCGCUACAGACUUCCAGUCACAUUUGUGGAGGAUCCUUGAUAUCCGAGGAGUGGAUAUUGACCGCUGCCCAUUGCACAUAUGGAAAGACUGCGGAUCGUCUGAAGGUUCGCUUGGGCACCUCGGAGUUCGCUCGCAGUGGAGAGCUCCUCCGGGUCAAGCAAAUUGUGCAGCAUGCCAAAUUCAACUUUUCGAAUGUGGACUUUGACUUCUCGCUGCUGCAGCUGCAGCAUCCCAUUAAAUUUGAUGACACCAAAAGGGCCAUCAAGCUACCGGACCCGCAGCAGACGCUCAUGGACGGGGAGACCUGCUUUGUCAGUGGCUGGGGGAAUACCCAGAACCUUCUGGAGUCGCGCGAGUGGCUGCGGCAGGUGGAGGUGCCGCUGGUAAACCAGAAGGUGUGCAGCGAAAAGUACAAGCAAUAUGGCGGAGUGACCGAGCGUAUGAUCUGUGCAGGGUUCAUGGAGGGUGGCAAGGAUGCUUGCCAGGGCGAUUCUGGCGGCCCAAUGGUCAGUGAGUCGGGUGUGCUGGUGGGCGUUGUCAGCUGGGGCUAUGGCUGUGCCAAGCCUGACUAUCCGGGCGUUUACUCUCGAGUGGCAUUUGCCCGCGAGUGGGUGAAGGAGCACAGUGGCAUCUAGCAUGAAAGU